AUGAAGUGGCAGCGGCUGUGGCUGGGUUUUCUGCUGCCCAUGACAGUCUCAGGCCGGGCCCUGGGGCCAGCAGAGAAAGAGGCAGCCAUGGAUUACCUUUUGCAAUAUGGGUAUCUACAAAAACCUCUAGAAAGACCUAGAGACUUCAGGACAGAAGAUAUCACAGAAGCUCUGAGAGCCUUUCAGGAAGCUUCCGAGCUGCCGGUCUCAGGUCAGCUGGAUGAGGCGACGAGGGCACGCAUGAAACAGCCCCGCUGUGGCCUGGGGGACCCCUUCAACCAAAAGAUCCACAAAUACCUGCUUUUGGGCCGCUGGAGAAAGAAGCGCCUGACUUUCCGCAUCCUGAAUCUGCCCUCCACCCUCCCGGCCAGCACAGCCCGGGCAGCCCUGCUCCAGGCCUUCGGGUACUGGAGCAAGGUGGCCCCGCUGACCUUCCAGGAGGUGCAGGCCGGCAGGGCCGACAUCCGUCUGUCCUUCCACGGCCGCCAAAGCCCGAAGUGCUCCAACAGCUUUGAUGGGCCCGGGAGGGUGCUGGCUCACGCCGACAUUCCUGAGUUGGGCAGUGUGCACUUCGACGAGGACGAGCUCUGGACAGAGGGCACCUACCGCGGGGUGAACCUGCGCAUCAUCGCUGCCCACGAGCUGGGCCACGCCCUGGGGCUGGGGCACUCCCGCUACACGCGGGCCCUCAUGGCCCCUGUCUACGCUGGCUACCGGCCUCACUUCAGGCUACACCCGGACGACGUGGCAGGGAUCCAGGCUCUCUAUGGCAAGAAGAUCCCAGAAACAGGGGAUGAGGAAGACGAGACGGAGCUGCCCACUGUACCCCCAGUCCCCACGGAGCCCAGCCCCAUGCCGGACCCUUGCAGUGGUGAGGUGGAUGCCAUGAUGCUGGGGCCGCGGGGGAAGACCUACGCCUUUAAGGGGGGCUACGUGUGGACCGUGACAGACUCCGGCCUGGGUCCCUUGUUCCGGGUGUCCGCCCUCUGGGAAGGGCUCCCCGGGAACCUGGACGCUGCGGUCUACUCGCCUCGGACACAGUGGAUUCACUUCUUCAAGGGAGACAGAGUGUGGCGCUACAUUAACUUCAAGAUGUCCCCCGGCUUCCCCAAAAGGCUGUACAGGGUGGAGCCUCACCUGGACGCGGCACUCUACUGGCCUCACAACCAGAAGGUGUUCCUCUUCAAGGGCUCCGGAUACUGGCAGUGGGAUGAGCUGGCCCACACUGACUUCAGCCACUAUCCCAAACCAACCAAGAGGUUGUUUACAGGCGUGCCAGACCGGCCCUCCGCUGCCAUGAGCUGGCGGGAUGGCCGCGUCUACUUCUUCAAGGGUAAACAGUACUGGUCCCUCAACCGGCAGCUCCGAGUAGAGAAAGGCUAUCCCAGAGACACGGCCCACGUCUGGAUGCACUGCCGUCCCCAGACCCAAGACAACACCCCAUCAGGUGGGGAUGGCACCCCCCCACCCACGGGCACUGCCCACUCAGCCCGGGCAACCACCUUGUACACAACCCCCUUGGCCUUGAACACCACCUGGCACGCUGACCGUCUGCCCACAGACACCAACUUGGGUGCGACCCAACUGCCCCUCAGACCAGGGCUCCGCCAGCCCUCUGGCCCCUGGUGACAUCACCCUCCCAGGCGCCCAUGAGCUGAAUCAGAGGUCGGCACGCAGGACUCUGCACAGGCUGCACGAGGGACACGAGCCAGGGCCUCAGGCUCCGCGUCCCCACUGAAGCCACCCGCCCUGUGUUUUCAUCCGUCGGUGGCCCCUCACCCUGGGUCAGCUCCCAACUGUCUCUUCCCGGCCACAGACAGCACUUCUAACGAUUUCAUCUGCUCUCUGGAGGACACUGGUUGAGGGAAGGCACCGUCAAGCCUUCAGCUGAUAGGAAGUAACAGCCAGGAAGCAGGACGCCUGGGUCCUGUUUUCCUAGAUGACGCGUGAUGGAAGCAGCGUGGCCACUAAAACGAGCAGAAGGUUUUAGAACCCUUGAGAAUCAGAUUCACCUGCUUAUGACUUUGGGCAAGCUCAUUAACCUCACUGCGUCUCGGACUCCCCGUUUGCAAAAUAAGGUUAAUGUCAAGCCUGUGGCUUGUUGCAGGAAAUGAAAU